CAGCUGGGUUUUUUGGCAUGAUCGCUCUCCUCCUCUCCAUCGGCUCUCCCGUCCCUGCUCAAGAGGUGCGCUCAGUGAGAGCGCCCUCGGUGGAGCAGGCGGCGACCGCCCUCGGCUCCGCGUACUCUCUCGGAUCGCUCGGAUCGACAGCCGCGGCUGGCUCCGCCGGCUCCGAGUUCUCGGUCGCGUCUGUUGGAUCACACUCCUCUGUUGGUUCCGUCGGCAGCACGGCCAGCCUGGGGAGCGUCUUCUCGUCCGGGUCCUUCGCCAGCGUCGCCUCGGAGAACUCGGCCCUCUCAAUCGGCUCCAUCUGCUCCAUCCUCUCCAUCACGUCCAUCAACUCGCUCCUCUCCAUCGGGAGCUCAAACGGGAUCCUGCAGCUCUUCAACAUGGGCGGGAUUGACCUCCCGGCGCCGGCGCCGCUCGCGCCGCCGCCGCCCACGCCCCCUCCCGCCACCUCGGCGCUGGCCUUCACCGACCUCCGCGCCAGCGGCCUCCACCACGUGCCGCACGGCCCCUUCGAGAGGGCGCUGGUCGCCUUUUGGUCGGUGAUCCUCGGGCUCGCGGGCGUACCCAUCGAGGCGGAGGGGGCGGCAGACCCGUACAUCCGCAUCUUCAUGCACGACGGCGCCACCGGUCAGCAGCGCCUCCUUUUCGAGUCGGCUCCCGUCGAGGCGGAGCCAGACGCCAACGGCCUCUCGGCGGGAGCGGCGUGGGCGAGCGAGCCUCUCGUGUACCUCGGGGAAGGCCACCCCGAGGACGCAAUCUCGCUCAGCCUGUACGAUCGAGACAAGAUGUCCCUCGACGACUGGCUCGGCUGGACCGGAAAGAUUUACCGGGCCGCCUGGCCCGCCGCACAGCUGCCGGCCGGCCUCUCCCCGCCGUCGCCGCCGCCCGUGCCACUGCCCCCGCCCCCAAGCCCCGACCCCGCGCCGCCGCCCCUACCGCUGCCAUCGCCGCCGCCGCCGCCCUCUCCGCCGCCGGCCCCAUCGCCAUCGCCGCCUCCGCCACCCGCUCCGCGGCCGCCCCCGCCCAACCCGAGGCCGCCUCCCCCGUCGCCCUCUCCACCGAGCCCCGGCGCCCUGGUUGCGUCGCCUCCGCCUCCGCCGCCAAGCCCGAAGCCGCCACCGCCCUUGCCCCGGCCUCCGCCGCCGCCCUCGCCGCCACCGCCGCCGCCGCCGCCGCCCUCGCCCCCGCCGCUCCCCCCCCCACCGACGCAACCGCCACCCUCCCCGCCCCCGCCCCCGUCGCCUCCGCCCCCGGCCGCGACGCCGGCGGCCGCGGGCACGCCGAUGACCUUCCCGCUCCUUCGCGACGAGUACUGGGCGAGCCACUGCGAGACGGCCUGCGGCAUUGGCGAGGUGUCCUUCACGCUGGCGCUGAUCAAGCUCUAGCUCUAUGUUGAUAGACGCCGCCGUGGAGUGGCGUGGCCGCACACGCAAGAGAGCGCCAUCUAUUGCGCGACAAGCAGCAAAGCUUGCCGUGCCGCGUCUCUGUGCCUCAACCUGGCUACUCGGGCAAAGAGGGUUCGCAUGCCGCGAGGGGCCGAAGUACCGUGUUGGGCGUCUGUUCAACCGUGUUGCAUGGAGAUGGCUUGCAUGACCCGGGGCUUUUCAUUCUUCUCUAUUCCAUCUAAAAGAAGAAAAAAGG